GACCCAUGGACCGGCUCAUAGGCUUGGAGCCGUCGAACGUCGUGGCGGUCCGGAUCGAGCCGGGCCAGAAGUGCUCCGGCCACCUCACCCUCCGCAACGUCAUGUACACCAUGCCGGUCGCCUUCCGGCUCCAGCCCCUGAACAAGCCCCGCUACACCGUCCGGCCGCAGUCCGGCAUCAUCCCCCCUCUCCAGACCCUCACCGUCGAGGUCACCUACCACCUCCCGCCCGGCUCGGCGCUCCCCGCCUCGUUCCCGCGCUGCGAGGACUCGUUCCAGCUCCACAGCGUCGUCGUCCCCGGCGCCGCCGUCAAGGACCCGAGCUCCACCCUCGACUCCGUCCCCAGCGACUGGUUCACCACCAGGAAGAAGCAGGUCUUCAUCGACAGCGGGGUGAAGGUGAUGUUCGUGGGUUCGCCGGUGCUGGUGCGGCUCGUGAAGGAAGGUUCGAUGGACGAGGUGAGGGAGGUGCUCGAGCGGAGCGACCCGUCGUGGGGUGCGGCCGACGCGGCAGACGAGCAGGACCAGACGCUGCUCCACCUCGCCAUCGCCCAGGCGAGGCCCGACCUCGUGCAGCUGCUGCUAGAGUUCGGGGCGGACGUCGAGGCCCGGGGCGGCUACGGAUCGUCGCCGCUCGAGGCGGCGGCGGCAGCCGGGGAGGCGCUGAUCGCGGAGCUGCUGCUGGCGCGGCGGGCGAGGACGGAGCGGUCGGAAACCUCCACGUACGGCGCGAUCCACCUUGCCGCCGGGGGCGGCCACAUGGAUGUCCUGCGGCUGCUGCUGUUGAAAGGGGCCGACCCGGACUCCCCGGCGAGGGACGGCAGCACGGCGCUCCACCUCGCCGUGGAGGAGCGGCGGAGGGACUGCGCGAGGCUGCUGCUCGCGAACGGCGCGAGGACCGACGUGCGGAGCACCGGCGACGGAGAGACGCCGCUGCACGCGGCGGCGCGCCUCGGCGACGAGCAGAUGGUGAAGCUCCUCCUGCAGAAGGGGGCGAACAAGGACGUCCGGAGCCGGCACGGCAAGACGGCCUACGACGUGGCGGUGGAGCACGGCCAUGCGCGGCUCUUCGACGACCUCAAGCUCGGCGACAGGCUCUGCGCCGCGGCCCGGGAGGGCGACGCCCGGGCGAUCAACCGGCUCCUGGAGAGCGGAGCCGCCGUGAACGGCCGGGACCAGCACGGCUGGACCGCGCUGCACCGGGCGGCGUUCAAGGGCCGGACCGACGCCGUGAGGACGCUCCUCGACAAGGGCGUGGACGUGGACGCGAGGGACGAGGACGGCUACACGGCGCUGCACUGCGGGGCGGAGUCGGGGCAGUUCGACGUGGCGGAGCUGCUGGUGAAGAAGGGGGCCGACGUGGAGGCGAGGACGAACAAGGGCGUGACGGCGCUGCAGGUGGCGGAGUCCCUGCAGUACGCCGGGAUCAUGAGGAUCCUCGUCCACGGCGGCGCGCUCAAGGACGGGGCCAGGCAGGUGGGAGGGGUCGCUCGGUUCGCGAAAACGAUGGAGCUGAGGGACGAAGAGAUCGGCAACGGAGGGUUGAAGAUGAAGACGACGAUGAAGAAGAAGAAGAAGCAGGCGAGGGAGAGACCGAUGCGGAGCAGCUUCGACCGGUCGUCCAUGGCCGCGAUGGCCGUGUCGGGAGCCUGAACCGGCUCGAGCUGCGCGCGUCCAUCGACUGUAAAAUCGUUUUCCUCUUUUUUCUAGGGUCGGAUAAUGAUGCGAUGAGAGGAUCCGUAGGAUUUUGUAAAAAUUGAUGAAUGUCUAUCAUCCUCGUUAUGC